GGGCUUUUUAUCCCAGCUGAGAGGAACCUGCAGCCAGUGUGGCUGGCUGGUUUUGCCAUUAGCGGGGGCCUUUCCUGAGGAGGGCGUACGGAGUGUAGGGAAUGAAAGAUGGCAGCACGCCGUGCAUUAAAAGCUGUUUUGGUAGAUCUCAGUGGCACACUUCACAUUGAAGAUGCAGCUGUGCCAGGCACACAGGAAGCUCUUAAAAGGUUACGUGGUGCUUCUGUAAUCGUUAGGUUUGUGACCAAUACGACCAAAGAGAGCAAGCAAGACCUGUUGGAAAGGUUGAGAAAAUUGGAAUUUGGUAUCUCUGAAAAUGAAAUAUUCACAUCUCUGACUGCAGCCAGAAGUUUACUAGAGCAGAAACAAGUCAGACCCAUGCUGCUAGUUGAUGAUCGGGCACUACCUGAUUUCAAAGGAAUACAAACAAGUGAUCCUAAUGCUGUGGUCAUAGGAUUGGCACCAGAACAUUUUCAUUAUCAAAUUCUGAAUCAAGCAUUCUGGUUACUCCUGGAUGGAGCACCUCUGAUAGCAAUCCACAAAGCCAGGUAUUACAAGAGGAAAGAUGGCUUAGCCCUGGGGCCCGGACCAUUUGUGACUGCUUUAGAGUGUGCCACAGAUACCAAAGCCACAGUCGUGGGGAAACCAGAGAAGACAUUCUUUUUGGAAGCAUUGCGAGGCACUGGCUGUGAACCUGAGGAGGCUGUCAUGAUAGGAGAUGAUUGCAGGGAUGAUGAUGGUGGGGCUCAGGAUGUUGGCAUGCUGGGCAUCUUAGUAAAGACUGGGAAAUACCGAGCAUCAGAUGAAGAAAAAAUUAAUCCACCUCCUUACUUAACUUGUGAGAGUUUCCCUCAUGCUGUGGACCACAUUCUGCAGCACCUGUUGUGAAGCAAUGUGUGCGUCUGAAGCAAGUUGAAAUGCAGCUUCUUAUUGUCUGGAAUGAAUCCCUGACCAACUCAGUGCCAGCAUCAAUAGACACACACCAGUCAGUGCUGAUCGCUUUUUAACCCUCUUUUGUUGUGCAUUAAAUAGAAAGAAAGGUAUUGAAUUGCGGCCAGCCAGUAAGCCUUGCUAAUCUCUUUUAUUUUGUAACUGAAGAUGAGACCCAAAGAAAGGAAAAGCUGAGAUUUUGUGCCAUUCCUUUUAAAAUAUUCAUCAGGUUAGGCAGGGCUGGGAGGGAGAAGCUACCACAGGGAAGAGUGUUCUCUGCUGUCUCCUCACUGGAAAACAGGGAGGGGGGAUUUCAGACUGUGAAGAAAGUUGAAUGGUGGUUUUUAAAUUAUAAAGUAAUGUAUUAAAAGGUACAUUAGGCUGUAGUUCUAGUAAUGAGUUCAACUGUGAAAUCCAUCGGAUGUGCCAAAUGGAGAAGACAGAAAGUAACAAAGAGAAUUAUCCUUUAGCCCAAGUGAUACAGUGAAUUUGCUUUAAUAGAUGUUGAAAACUAAAUUUUCUACUGUAUUCCCAGCA